GGCUUCGAUCCAGCCAAGUAGCUUUCGAUCACCAAAUAGAAAUUCCGCAUUUCCAAAAACCCUAGCACCGAUGGGUACCUUCGCCUUCUCCAAUCUCCGACGGACCGCCAUCAUCGCCGCCGAGCACCAGGUCCGGCCCACCAUCUCCGUCGCAGGGGACGGCGGCUCGCCGGCGACGGCGACGGCGACGGGGACGGCCAUUCUUUUUUGCCCUUUUCCGCCGCGUUUUCUUGUAUCCUUUGCUGCGGAGUUCAAUGGCUGAUACCCGGUCCAAGUGACCGGCAUCUGCGAGUGUUUUCUUGCUGCGGAGCAUGGUGGAAUGAAUUUGAGUUCCAGAAUGCUGUUGAUCCUGUUAGUGCCUUUUCAAUGUUCAGAUGGCGUGAACUUCCAAGACUCUGAAUUGCGUUUGCUUGGAGGAUUGAAGUGGUGGCAUAAGCGUUUUGAAGCCAAUAUCCAGAAUGCUAGUAUGGCAUCAGCUCUUAAAUCAACUUGCUUUGUCAAGCUUAGGGAACCCAUAUCUUGGUGUGUGUUUCAGUCUUCACAACUACCAGGUGUUUCUGCCAAAAGAAGUACAAUGAUGGUUCUUGUAGCGCUGAAUUGACAAUUAGCAUACCUCAGACAUUUGCUAAAUCAAGGAAAAAAGGCAAGGCUGGUUGUCGCUUGGAAUGCGCAGAUGUAGCGCUCACAGAUAUGAGGUCAAGUCUCAAAAGAACUCCUACCCAGCGUAUUUCCUCUCUAUCCAGCUUGAGAGUAACAGGAAGAAUGUGAAAUCACUAAUGUUAUCAGAUUGUGGCAUGCCUUCCAGUGUCUUUGACCUUUCAACCAACGCACAAGCAUUGAAGGUGUUUUACUUAUGUGAUUCAGAUAUUGGGUGGAAUAUUUCAUAUGUUGGUGCCAUAGUAGUUUCGCCAAUUGUGAAGAUAAUGGGUACUAAACUUGGUCAAACUAUACCUGCGUUGAAGGAGGUAAGACUGGAAGUUACUUUAUGCUUUCUGUCAUACUUGAUGAGAGUGUUCAUCAUAGCCAAAUCUUAUUCUCCUUCUAAUGGACAAUUCAAGUCCCAGUAUGAUUGAUUCUAGUUAGAUUAUAUUCACUAUCCUAGCAUUAUUUCCUCCUAAUCAGAGAAGUAAAAUUUGUGAUACUGCCGUUGAAAUUUUCCAUACUAUGUGUCCUCUCACGUAGUACCAUCCAUUCCUGAUGAUAGCAUGUUGAAUUUGCUUCACAUAAUACUGCCUUUUAAUUGAAAUUGCUCAGUGACAUUACAUCAUAUUGAUCAUCUCUAAGUCAGUGUUCCCAUAUUAUACUAAAGAUCUUAGUAGAAAGAGCGAUGUAUAUGUGAAACCAUCCCAGGCAAUUUUAGAAUGGUUACAUUACUCUUGAUUUAUAAUUUUGUUUCCCUUCAUUUGUUUUUCAGAUCAUUUUCUGAGGUUGCAGUUUUUACUGAGUAGGUUGUUCCACGAUUAAUUUUCCCUGUUGCUUCAUCCUCUCACCAAAUCCUAAAGCUUGGAGUUGAGAAGUUCAUGUCCUUCUAUAAUUGGAUAAUAUACUUUUUUUUUAUGAACUUACCAUUAGUCGGAAAAGAAAUUAGUAUACAAUAUAAUUUCAUGUUGUUCCAUUGCAUUUGUUUCAAAUGACACAUGCUCGUGUGUGAACUGUUUUAUGUCUAUAGCAUAAGAUCAUCAUGGAUAAUCACUCUAGAAGCCAAAUAUUAUCUGUUUCUUAGAUUCCAAAAGAUUUUCCCUCUAUUCAUGGUAUAGUACCCUCAGUGGUGAUGGGAUCGAUCUUGUCCUCAUCAUCCAAUUUUAAAUAAAUUUGAAACAUUGAAGAAGGAAAUGUAAUGCUCUGCCUGUGCAUGAGUUGAGAAGGAGUUGAAUUUAUAGCAACCAAUAGACACCAAGGCAUUGUGUUGGAAUUCUGGUAUAGGAUGGUAAAUAUGAAAUGAGUGAACAAUCAAGUCUCAUGUCCAGAACUAGCUACACAACAGUUGAAGUUUCUUUAUUCAAACUUUUGUUCCUUUAUCUCUUUGAUCUUCUUAUGGUGCCGCAUUGAAUGAGGUUAGACUGAAAUUACUUUAUGCUUGCUGUCAUACUGGAAGAGACCGAUUAAUCGUUGCCAAAUCUUAUUCUCCUUCUAAUGGACAGUUCAAGGUCUAGUAUGAUUCAUUCUGGUCAGAUUGAAUUUACUAAGCUAUCAUUAUUUCCAAUUCAGAGAAAUUUAAGUUGUGAUACUGCUGUUGGAAUUUUCCAUACUGUGGUCCUCUCCUGUAGUGGCGUCCAUUCCUGAUGAUAGCAAGUCAAAUUUGCUUCACAUAGUGCUACCUUUUAGGUUGAAAUUGCUCAAUGACAUUACAUUAUAUUGAUCUUCUCAAAUUCAGUGCUCCCAUUUUAUACUAAAGAUCCUAGUAGGGUAGAGGUAGUGAUGUGUACGUGCAACCAUCCCAGGCAAUUGUAGAAUGGUUACAGUACUCUUGAUGGAUAUUUACGUGUCCCUUCAUUUGUUUUUGAGAUCUUUUCUGAUGCUGCAAUCUUUUACUAGAUAGGUUGUUCUGCAAUCGAUUGCUAUAUUCUCAAA